ACAUCGCCACUCUAAACUUCUACUUAACUCCUAAAAAUAGCUUUGCACGGCCACAAACACGCUCCUGGAACAUAAUUCUUUGGUUGGAUAUUAUGUUGAGACUCUAGAAUUACUCUUCUCUUUGAGGUCAAGAUUGUCCCAAGGGAUUCUAAUCUCUCCACUCCACCCAAUGCUAAAUGGACUUUUCUCAGUUUUCAUCUACAUCUGCUGACCGGCACUCUGCUUUACACGCCGGAUAAGAUACAGCAAAUUCUGCUGUGCCUCGACAGCCCAGGAGGGGCUCUAACUUUCCAGAGGAAGCCUAGAGUUUCCUGUCCUUGCUUUGUCCUGUCCAGAUUCAAGGCUGUUGUUGCAGGACGUUUUCAGUAUGUCUUGCUGGUCUCUGGUUUUUGGCAGUACAGUAUGUUGAGGGAAAUUUCAGCUGCGCAGGGCAUGAAGAGAUGCGUCAGCUAUAGAAACAUGGCUGCACCACCGGUCUCCUGGCCCAUUCCCAUGAAGGCUAUCGGAGCUCAGAAUCUGCUCACCAUGCCUGGAGGAGUCAACGCAUCUGGAUAUCUGCACAAGAAAGGAGGCAGCCAGUUCAGCCUGAUGAAAUGGCCUCUUCGCUUCAUCAUCAUCCAUAAAGGCUGCGUCUACUAUUUCAAGAGCAGCACGUCUGCUGCACCACAAGGAACCUUUUCUCUCAACGGAUACAACAGAGUCUUGCGAGCAGCAGAAGAAACAACAUCAAGCAAUGUUUUCCCUUUUAAGAUCGUUCACUUCAGUAAGAGACACAGAACAUGGUAUUUCUCAGCUGCGAGUGAAGAUGAGAGAAAGGAAUGGAUGCGGCACUUAAGAAGAGAAAUCAACUAUUAUAAUGAUAAAAAAGACAUCCCACUUCCAAGUGAUGAUUUGGAUGCGGAGUCGUUAUAUGGACAGCUGGAGGAAACGGUGGAAAUCAGGCCUGUUGAAGAAGAUCCUGAAGAAGAUUACAUGUUACAAGAUGAAGACAGUGAAGAGGAGGACGGAUCACCAACAUCAGCAGGUCGACCCACGGUUCCACCUCCAUCGUAUCCACCACCGCCAGUUCCGUUUCAGUCGUCUAGAGAAACCCGAUCGAAAGGACCUCCGCCUCCUCUACCACCUCCAUUCAAGAAACCGUCCUGCCACAUCAAAGAUACUCCUCCUCCACCUCUACCGUAUGCCCCGCAUCUGGAGAAAACAGACUCAAACAGACGCCCUGUCAGCCCCAUGCCCCCUUUACCUCCUCCUGUCAGUCUUAAACCUCCGCCAGGCCCAUUCUCCACAAUGCCUGCCUGCGAAAAGAAGUCCAGCGUCACUUUUAAUCACUCACCAGCCACUUUACCCAUCGUGGAGAACCUGCAGAAAGUGAUGCUGAUCUCUGCAAGUAAAACAAGCAUUUCGGGUCAUCAUUUGGAAGUGAAGCCUUCAUUCGGACAAAGGCCGCUUUCACCUCAUCUGUCCACAAAUCACAGCACUCUGGGACAGAUAAACAAGCCCCCAGUGCCAAACAAACCCAAACCCGGAAGACCCUCAUUCCAAAGAGCAUCGCCGGAUGGACAAAGUUUUCGUUCUUCUAUUGAAGAGAAGCCUCCAAAACGAAUUCCAGACAGAAUUGAUGAAAGCUCAGAUGAAGAGGACUAUGAAAAUGUACAAUUGCCUCCCUCUGUCUUUGUGAACACGAUGGAAACCUGUAACGUGGAAAGACUUUUUAGAGACACAUACAAUCAGCCGCAGAAUGGACUGUACUGCAUCCGAAAAUCAUUAACGGGGAAAACGUCACAGGUACUUGUUGUUUGGGACUCUGGAAUAAACAAAGCCAGAAACUACAGGCUUUUUGAGGAGGAGCAGCGUAUUUAUCUGGAGACGGACGUGACGUUCACCUCUUUAGCUGCUCUGGUUGAACAUUACCACAGUCACCCACUGCCCAGCAGCAACAACUCCAUGCCCAAUUACUCGCUCUGCUUACAUUUACCAUUCGGCUACACCCCGCCCAGGUGACCCCGGCCUCGGUCUCACACUGAAAAACCUGCUGCUCCUUCUGGACAAAACACCUGCAUCCCAUCAGGACACACAAGCACUGUGAAGAAGAUUGUCAUCAUCACUGCCAGCAGACUGCGCUACAAUUAAAGCUUCACAAAUGUGGACACACUGUUUGAGGUCCAGUGCUUUCAACAGUACUCAGCUGAUUGCAAGACUGAUUUCUGAAGGAUCAUGUGACACUGCAGACUGGAGCGAAUAUUAUGCUGAAAAAUCUGCAUUGACAACUCAGGAAUAAAUAGCAUUUUAAUGUAAUAGAUUCAAGCAGAAUGGCCAUCAUGUUACAUAAUAUUUUUAAUUCUGUAUUUUAAAUGUACAAUUCUGUCAUUUUGAUCCAAGAACUUAUUGAUCAAAUCCCAAUCCUUGGUGAGCAUAAAAGAUUUAUAUAUAUGGUGUAUAGUGGCAUAGUGGCUCAGAGGUUAGCAUUGUUGCCUCAUAGCAAGAAGGUCGCUGGUUCAAGUCCCGGCUGGGCCGGCUGCAUGGGAGUCGGUUGCUCUAACAAGGAGGCUAAAGACCGUGGCCUCUAACAACUGUCGCUAGAGCACCUUUUGAGAUCAGUGGAGUGAGAUUUACCUGCAUAGCACUUUGCUUACUAGCCUCUGCUACACUCACCCCUCUAAAGCUCACUCCCAUCCCGGACAAGCCCCCAUAUGUACCAACCGGUCCUACUGCAACCAACCCGGUUUGAGCUGGGAUCAAACCGGUAAUUGUUAGCAUGGCAGUCGUUUGUUCUAACAAGGAGGCUAAAGACCGUGACCUCUUGCACCUGUCGCUAGAGCACCUUUUGCGUUUAGAGGAGAGAGGUUUACCUGCAUAGCACAUUGCUUACUGGCCUCCGUUAAACUCCCCCACCCUAAACCUCACUCCCAUGGACGAGCCCCCACGUGUAACCCACCGGUCCUACUGCACCCAACCCAGUCUAAGCUGGGAUCGAACCAGCAAUUCUUUGCAUAGGAGUCGGUUGCUCUAAAGCCGCCUUUCCACUGCACACAACAUUGGGACACGACUAUCAGAAUACGCCCUCUUGUGGCAGUCGCACAGAAUUUUCAGUUCUGAUGUGCACCAUGGGAGAGAAGCUGUUCUCGCAGUGUUCUCUAAAAAUAUUGCAGGGAAUGUGGAGACAACAUAAAACAUUAUAUUUAUUAACAUUUAUUACUUUAUUACUUACAUUUAUGAAAUGUUUAGUUUAGUUUUUAAAUAUAGACUUUUUCUGAUUCAAAAAAUAACCAAAUAAAGUCCUAUUUCUUAUCUCGCGCGCACGGACCUGCUUGAACAACACUGGAAUACAACACUUCCGGUCGGCCGGUCGCUUACGGUCUAGUCGCAGGAGUUUAAAUAUUUCAACGGCUCCGCAGCUCAAUUCGAAUCUGAAUUUUUUACAUACGGAGAUGAUCAGAACUCCAUGCAGCUCCCGGACUACUCUCCAUUGGAAAUGAAUGACUUCCGGUCUGUUACUUGUCGUGUGAAGUGGAAAGGAGGCUUAACAAGGAUGCUAAUGUCCAUGCCUCUAUCGUCUUCGCUUGCUGGCCUUCGCUACACCAGCAUCUCAAAGUGCAAUUUAAAGGCUUAACUAGGCUGGUUAGAUGGUUAACUAAGCAUGUUAGGUUACUUAUUUCUCAGCGACAGAUCCCAACAGAAGUCAAUAGCAAAAAAUAAUGUGAAUUAUUUGUAUUAGAAGCAUAGUUAGUCACUAAUGGUAUCCAUCAAAUGCAUACUAUUGUGUAAUAAAUACACUGUAAAAUCUGAUUUGUUGGCUUCAUUUGAAAAAAGUUAUAGCAAAAUUGGCAUUUUUAUCAAAAUUAAGACAACGUAACAGUUCCAAGUUGACAGUUACAAUGGGUUCACUUACAUAGUUUUUAAAUAAAGUCAACUUGUUACUUUUAAGGCAAUUGGUUUACUCAUGUUAAGUAACUAAUCUCUUUUUAUAGUGUAAGAACUAGUAUUUAUUGAAUAUGUACAGUGCACUGUAAAAAAAUGCUGGGUUCCACAUGAGUCUUUCAUGUUGCUCCAACACAAAUUGAUUAAAUUUACUUAAUUCUUUUUACAAAUAUAAGUGAAUUUAACAUAAAUUAAGUCCUUCCCCAAAAAACUCAAGAAUUGUGUUGUUUCAGCUCUUUUCAAAUUAGAAGUUUGAACAAGCAGCAAAAAUCAUUUUUGAGUGUAAACUUGAUGAAAAGGAAACUGAAAUAAGUACUAGUAUAUUGAUUUAAACAUUAGUAAAUUGUAUAGAUUAAAUGGCUUGCCUGAAUUUCUUUAACGUGCAUCAAACUUAAUUUACAAAGAUUUUUUGCCACUAUCCUUUCGAACUUAAAGGUGAAUUAACCUGGACUGGGUGAACUACAACAUACAUACACUGAAAAAAAUGAUUUCAGCAAAAUUGUUGCAAACAAUUUGAAUGAGUUGAUUUUAAAUAAACAAAUUAAAUAUAGUAAUGCUCAACUUAAUUUCAUUAUUUAAAUUCAGCCAAAAUAAAUUGUUUACAACCUCUUACCUUAAAGAAAAAUAAAUAAAUUCCGGGAAUCAUUUUUAAAUAUUUUUUUCUGUGUGUCUCAACUUAAAAUGAAAUGUAAAACCUAAUUUUAUGUUAAGAUUCACCAAAAAGUAUGAAAGCUUAUAAAAUGUAGAAACAUUACAAAUGUAUAUCGAAGUCAGUCAUGUUUGUUAUCAGGUGCUGCACAUGAUCCAGAAUGACGGCUCUGAAAUCCCACAGAAACCACAGACUCCGAUGACGUCCGACUGUAAAAAUAACUUCCUACUGUAUAAUGCAAAAUUAUAUGAAUGUCAUUGCAGUAUUUCAGUCAUAUAUGUUACAUUUUGUAUAAAUUGUGUAUUAUACUGUACAUUAUACAAGCCAUUUAAUAACUGAAUGUAAUGAUGUUUGUACUUUUGACACUUUUGAGCUGAAGUAUGCACACUGUAAAAAUUAAAAUAAUGUUUAGCACUGGA